UAUCUUUUUUUUACAAUAUUAAAAUGAAAUUCAUUUGAAACAAGCAGUUUAAAUUACAAACCCCUGAAAAAGGUUCUAAUUUGUCUUCUUUUUGUUAUUCUAAGUCAAAUUGACUUUUGCAAAAUUUGAUGAUGUGGUCAAAAUUCUGGCAUCGUUUAAUAAAUGUGCUGUUUAUGUUUUGGAAUGUAAGAACAUAAUAUAAUAUGGCUGAAGAUAAUAAUGAACAACUUCUACUACAAUCCACACAGCAGCAAGUUCAGCAGUCACCCCAGCAAACACAGCAGCAACAAAAUCAUCAAGCUCAACAGAUUCAAUCAUCUCAUCUAAGUAUGUCACAGCCCCAACAAAUUCAAGCAUCCCAGUUACAACAACAACAGAUGACACAGUCUCAACAAAUUCAAGCAUCCCAGCUGCAACAACAGCAACAAAUGCAAGCAUCUCAGCUGCAGCAACAGCAACAAAUGCAGCAAACUCAGAUGCAAAAUCAGUCUCACUUGCAACAACAACCUCAACACCAGCAAUCGUCUCACAUGCAACAACAAAUUCAACAAUCUCAUUUGCAUCAAAUGCAACAGCAGCAAAAUCAAUUGCAUCAGCAGCAGUCAAAUGUUUCAUCAUCAAUGUCUGUGACCAAUAAUUCUGAACAGUCAAAUCAGUUGAAUGUUUCUGCUUCGUUGCCUUCCAAUGUCAAUCCUUCUGCUACUCAACAAAUGGCUACAAUGCAGCAAAAUGUAAAUGUUAGUGCUGCAUCUUCAGCACAGAUGUCUGCAUCUCAAUUAAAUUCAAAUUCUAAUGCUCCUGUUCAAAUGACUGUGUCUCAUUUAAGUUCUCCUUCAGGAACUCCUGUCCAAAUGACUCAGCUCAAUACAAAUAGUGGACAAUCAGUACAGAUGGCUGUACCUCAGCUGAAUAUCAAUGCAGGGACUCCUGUGCAAAUGAAUGUUUCACAGCUCACUGCACAAGCUCAAAAUGUCCCUACUGGUACUAUGAUGUCGCAGAGCUCUGGUCCCCACCCUACAAUGAUUCAUCCAACAAUGACUAUGGCCCAGGCUCCUAUACAACAAGUUCAAGUGAUUCAACAACCACUUUCUACUUCAUAUCUUCAGCACUUAUAUCCUCAACAGCAAAUGUUAUUCCCUGGAAAUUUGACAUUACAGCAUGCAGGAGUAACUGGUCCAGCUCUUCAAAGUCUUGGCACACAUCAAGGCUUAAGUCUUCAGCUGCAAGCAAAACCCACAUUAGAUUCAAAAACAUCUGGCACUGCAACCAACCUCCAUGCUAUGAAUGCAAAUAAACAAGGCAUGAAUAUCAGUGCUGGCAGUAUGAUGGGAACUACUGGACAAAUGUUAUCUGCUUCCACAAAAGCAAAUUUUCCUCAGCAAAUGAUGGCUACGCCAGGAAAAUCUUUCAUUCAUAAUCAAUCUGGUUUCACUUCCACAAAUGCUAAUCAGACAGUUGUGAUUGGCCAGCUUGGAGUGCUACAAAAUCAACAGUCUAUUUUUAAUCAAAAAUUUCUUCAAGAUUCUCAAAAGGGAAAAGCUUAUACAUUUCAAAACCAACAAGCUGCUCUACAACCAAAAUCUUUGUUUUCUUCCUUGCCGGUGCAUUCUUCUGCUCAAGUAUUCAAUGGAAGUAAUAUGAAGCAGAUAUCUUCUCAGCCCCAAAUAAUCACUAGCCAAGCUUCUGGAAAUGUGAUUAAUCAAGCUCAAUUAUUUGGUUUACAAACAUUGGGAGCCUCUCUACCUCCAGGAUUAUCAUGGGCGACAAAUGGUUGUUUACAGUCUUCUGCAUUGCUUGCGCAAAAUCCCAUCAUCAUUCGCAGCAGCCAAGAAUCAAAUAGCAUGUUUAUACACUCACAACCACAAGCUGCUAUGCAAUUGCCUGUUGCUGGGGCUACAACUCAACCAGUGCCGCGUACAACUUAUGCUAAUACCGCCACCAUGCCUCAGAAGCAUAAACAAGUUAAGGCACGCACAGGAGCACAGACUGUUGCAGUUGCAACUCAAACUAUCGUGUCAAGUACGGCCACUGUCAACUCUAAUACACCACCAAUUCGCACUCAAAUUAAACCGAAAACACCAAAACUUAUCAGUGCAAAUUUGAUACAGCAGACACCUCCACAGAUGUCUUCAAGUGAGACUCAAACAAACCAGUCUCCACCACAACCGGCUGCUGAAUCAAUCCCUACACCGCAAUCUACUCUACAUCAAAAAUCAGAUGCGGCUAAUCAAACUAACCAAGUAAAUGACAAAAAGUAUUUACCUGUUAACAGUAAGUCUGUUUCUGUGGCCAUAGACACUAGAAAUCAGACAUCACUGAUGCCACAGCCAAAAUCUCAAGCCAUUGUGGCACCAUCUACGAAAAUUAUAGAAAAAGUAAUGUCGUGUGUUGAUACAUCAGUAUCCACUACAACACCCACUGUAACAUCUUUGUCUUCUACAUUAUCAUCUUCCACUGUACAUGUUGGCACUACUGCAACAGCCAAUGAAACAGUUUCCUCCUCAGCUUUAUCUGUGUCCGUAGUGUCACCUACGUCUCAGGUAAAAGCGGCCGAGCCUAACAACGAAACGUCAAAAUCAGCAACCGAAUCUAUGGAGGGGUCGGAGGUUUUUAUGCCUCUUCAUGCUGAGACUAUGGAAACAUCUGUAGAGAAAGAUACUUUAAAGCUGCAAGAUUCCAUGAAAAAGACUUCUUUGAAUUCUGCUAAAGAUAAACAACCGCAGAAAGCUAUUGUAAAACCUCAAGUUUUGACUCAUGUUAUUGAAGGUUUUCUUAUCCAGGAAGGCCCAGAACCUUUUCCGGUAAGGUCUUCACUCUUUGAUUCUCCUUGCCGAAGUACAACGUUAGAAAGAGCAGAUGUCAUUGAUAAAAGAAAAGAAUCACCCACGGCUUCAAGCCCAGAAAAGAAGAUAAAAAUUCACAGAGGCCGAGGUCCUGGUCGAAGAAAAAAGAUGGGCAGAGGUAGAAAGGGAUUCCGCAAAUUACCCCAAAUUGAAGAGAAUGAGUUGUCUACCGUACAAGAACAAGAAAAUAAUGUUAGUAUUCCUGAUGAUGAAUCAUCUCUUUCAAAUAGAACAGAAGAAAGUUCAGAAAUUCAGGAAAUGAGUGUUAUUUCUCCUUCUCAGAAACCACCUUCCAAGUGGAGUGUUCAAGAUGUAUAUGAAUUUAUCAAGGACACCCCUGGCUGCUCAGAUUAUGCUGAAGUCUUCCGUUCACAAGAAAUUGAUGGUCAAGCUUUGCUGUUACUUAAAGAGGACCAUUUGAUGGUUUCUAUGAGUAUGAAACUUGGUCCAGCUUUAAAGCUGCUAUCCCAGAUUAAAAUUAUCAAAGGAGAAAUGUGCCCUUCUGAUAUUUAGAAUAUUCAGAAGUAUGUUACUGUUAAUAGUUUUCUAUGUUCUAAAAAAUCCAAAAUUGGAUUUAAAGCUAUUUAAUUAUCAAUGACACUUCUUAAGAUUUUAACAUAUUAAUUGUUGGAAAUAUAAAUGCAUUUAAAGCUAUUAUUAAAUUUAUAUUUUAUUUUGUUGGUGAGAUAUUUAAUUGAAGGAAACUCAUUAAUUUUUUAUUAUAAAAUGUAUUGUUUGUCUCAUUCAAAAGGAAUUAUGAUAUUUAGUUUUGCAUGACGUAAAAUCUGAUCACGUUGAUCAUAUAUUUAUAGAAUGUCUUUCUUAAUCUUUAUUUACUUGCUACGAUACCGGUGAAUUUUGUUUCAUUUGCCUGCAUCAUUCUUAUUGUGUUUUUAUUUGUAAAAAAGAAAUUGAUUUCUAUUUAUACUAAGAGAAUUUCUAUUCAAUUAUUUAUUAAAUUGAAGGUGAUUUUCAUAUUGUCACUUUUAAUUUUUCAUUUCUAAAUUGACUAAUGUUUUAAAGAUCAAUGAUUAUGUUUAUGUAAGUUCGUUUCAAAAAAUAAUGCUGUAAGUUUCUUUUGAUACUUAUUCAUAAUUUGGAUUUUGCUCAUAUCCUUUUUUAUGCACAAAAUUGAAUGUUAUUCAUUCGAUCUAGCCUUUUUGGUAUAGCCAGCUGAUUUAUGGCUAUGUUAUUCAUUGGGGAAGUAUUAGAUAGCAGAAAAAUUCUUUUUAUGCAUAAAAGAAGUUUAUUAACUGAAAAUUUUCAUCUUUUAAUUUGCUACUUUCUUGUAUACCAACUAGAUCCUUAACAUCUUUAUGAAUUUCAAUUGAGGCAGAAAAAAUUUCCAUACAAACUUUACCAGUUGUUUCAUGCUCAGAGGAUUAAAAUGCAGGGAAUAAGGCUUUUUUUUAUUUCAAAUCUUUCCAACCAUUCGAAAUAAUUUAUUCCAGUUGUAUGUAAUCCACUACAAUGAGGUUGAUAAUAAUCUACUAAUUUGUAAUGGUUCUUUCUGGUGGUUUGCCUUCUUCAGGUAAACACAGGUUACAUGCUCCUGAGCCACCUUUAACUUGUUUAUUUAUUCCUUUUGUUUUGGCCUUAGACUUAGUUUGCCUUCUUCAGAUAAUUGCAGGUUACGUAUGGUCCUGAACCAUACCUUUUACUUGUUUGUUUAUUCACUUUGUUUUAGUCUUAGACUCAGUGUGUAACACUGUUUGAUUUCAGUACCUUAAGUAUGUUUGUGAUGGCACAGUGCUACCACUUUUGACUUUUAUACCAGUAACAAUAAUAUUUUGUAAUAAAAAAAAAUUUCUGAGUGAAUAAUAUUUUCCGAAUUCCUUAAUUAUCUAUAUUCAUCUUGUAUAUGUUUUUGUCUGCCGAUUUUGGAACUCAAGGGAAUAUUGAUGUAUGAUUUUUCUUUGUCAUGUCUCAAAUAUGUUUUUUAUUAAUAUUAUUUUUUUAUGGAACAAAAAUUGUGGUCCUGUUUAACUUAACAUGAAUAUUAAAAAUUAUAAAUGUGUUUAGUUUUUUUAUGAAUUAUUUUGGUUAAUUGAAUUAAGAAAGGUCAUUUGAAACCUUUAUCAUGAUAAGCUGUCAAGCAGUUGCUUGUUAAGCUUCAUGUUAAAUACCCAACUGAGUGACAUUGAAAAAGUGAAAUUUCAGUGCCUAAAAGUAAAAGGCCUUCUGAAUGUUUCUCCCAUCUAAUGGGUUGUUGUUUGGAAACUUAUUCAUCUACUUGUAAAUAAAUCAUUUUACUCGUUCUGUGUACAGAUUAAAAAUUUUAACGAUAGAUUAUACUUAUGACUUGAUUGUUGUUUAAAUCAUCUAGAUUUGGGGACUCUAUAAUUUAUUCUUCAAGAAUUUGUAAAAAUAAAUAUUGAAAUUUUGUUACUCUU